GCGGGAUGGGCAGAGCCGAGCCAUGGCCGAGGCGCAGGAGCUGCUGCUGCAGCUGCAGAAGGACAACCGCGACGGGCGCCUGCGGAAGCAGGAACUCGAGGAGCUGGUGCGCGGGCUCGAGGCCGAGAGCGAGAGCCUCACGGCGCGCCUGGAGGAACUGAGCGAGCGCGAGCGCAGCCUGCAGCGGCGGCGGAGCCAGGCGGUGCGUGCCCUGAGGGGAGAGGCGCUCGAGUCGGCGCGGGAGCGCGCGGAGCGGGCGCGCGAACUGCUGGAGGCCGCGGAGCAGCGCAAGCGGGACCUGGAGCAACAAAACCGGCAACUGCAGGAGAAGUGGGAGGAGCUGUCAAGUCAGCUCUUCUACUACGGCGGCGAACAACUGAGUCAGCAACGCGCAGAGCAGCAACUCGGGGCCCAAUUGGUGGCGUUGCAGAAACAGCUGGAGCUGGUGGAGGCCAAGCACGCCAUGCAGACGGAGGCCCUGCGGCAGAGCGCACAGCGGAUGGAGGAGGCCUGGGCCAGCUUUCAGGAGCAGAGUGGAGUCUUGCAGGUGCCUUACCCCCUCCGCUGCGAGAGCCGCUCACCUCUGACCCCAAGGUGGCCUCCACCCCUCCUUCUGAGCUGCGGCAGUCUGCCCCCGCCCCACCGAGAGAUCCUCUUUGGUGUGAGGCCUCACUCCCACUCCCUGCAGGAGCUGCAAGGGGAGGUGAUGGAGGCGGCGGCUGCGUUGGACGCCUCGAGGGUCGGACUGGAGCCGUGCGACUCACAGCUUCGCCGGGGGCAGGACUGCGCGGGCUCACUCAUGGAGGAGGUGGCCAAAGCAGACUGUGUGAGCGCCGGCACGGGCAGGGGCGGGCUUGAGCCGAGACCCGCCCCGCCAAAGCGCACUCACAGGCUCCGCCCUCUACGGGCCCCAACCUCUAAGAGAUCCCUUCCCCUCCUCAGUACGGGAUUGCAAAGCCGCUCCCUUUCCCCGCAGGAGAAGCGGCUAUUCCGCGGUGCUGGGGCGGGAGGCAUCAGGCUGUGGGCGCUAGGCGCGCUGCAGACGCUGCUGCUGCUCCCGCUGGGCCUCCUGGCGCUGCCGCUGCUCUACCUGGCUCUGGUGAACCCCUUCGCCCUCCAGCGCGGGCUCGCGCGUCCGAGCUUGAACGCCGCCCUCCGCCGCCUGCGCUACACACUGGCCCCGCUGCUGGAGCUGCGCGCGCGCGGACUGCUGCCCGCCUAGCGCAUCACGCCGGCCGCGGCCGCCUGCA